GGCCCUGCGUAGUGAGUACCGUGAACCCAAAAUCUCUCUCCAGGAUAACAAUCCCACUGAAAUUCUGGAGGGAGUUGCCAACAAAACGCCGAUCACGAUGUUUCUUUAGCUUUACAAAUCAUUUCAGCUGAGUCGAGGAAAGGGUAAUGGGAGAGAGUUCCGGUUACAAGGAAUAUGGAGCGGGCUUGCUGGCCGGUGUUGCCACCGUCCUCAUCGGCCACCCCUUUGACACUGUUAAGGUGAAGUUGCAGAAAUACAAUACUGAAGCACAUGGGAUUAAAUACAAGAGUGGUUUACAUUGUGCUGCUAGGAUCCUAGCAACUGAAGGAGUUAGAGGACUUUAUACGGGGGCAACACCAUCUUUUAUUGGGGUGGCUUUUGAAAGUUCUCUUGCUUUUGGCAUCUACUCGCAAACAAAACGAGCACUUCAGGAAGGAGCUCAGAGCAGUGAGCCACAGGCCCAAGUAAUAAUUCCCUCUGCAGCCUUUGCUGGAGCCAUUAUCAGUUUUGUGUUAUGUCCUUCAGAGCUUGUGAAGUGUAGGAUGCAAGUUCAAGGCACUGACUCUUUGGUUCCAACGUCCAGUAGAUUCAGUAGUCCUCUAGAUUGUGCAAUUAAAACCAUAAAAACUGAAGGGGUUACAGGCAUUUUUCGUGGGGGCUAUACAACACUGUUAAGAGAAUCCAUAGGAAACGCUGUCUUUUUCAGUGUUUAUGAAAAUGUUCGUUACCGUAUGCAUUUACUGCUCAAACGUGGUUCAUUGGAACAGAGCUACCUGACUGAUAUGGGAAUUGGAAUUUUGAGCGGUGGUCUGGGUGGUGUAGCUUUCUGGUCAGCUGUUCUACCCUUGGAUGUGGCAAAAACCAUUAUUCAGACAACUUCAGAUAACAGUCAUUCAAGAAAUCCUUUUCAGAUUUUAAAUUCAGUAUGAUAUCCUAAUUUCUGCCCUUUCUUUCAGGAAUUUGGGAUUGGAAGAUUAAAAUUGCACUAAAAGAAAAAUGGGAUGGUCUAAUUUGGUUCUUUUUAUAGAUUUACCAGAGGGCUACACUAAAGGGAUGCUACACAGGUCUCAGUCCUACAAUAGUGAGAGCAUUUCCUGCUAACGCAGCUGCAAUUGUCACCUGGGAACUAGCUAUGAAACUCAUGGGAAUUAAGCAUCACUAUGAGAGGUAGUCUGUCUUAUUACGAUGGGUUUCUGAUUAUUUGUUGUUAUUUUUCAUUUUUGUGACUGGCAAGAUCAAAUCCACAGAAAUUCUUGACAUGAACUAAACCAAAAGGUUUUACUGAUUAUAUCAAAGCAUGAUACUUGUGGAAUGGUGCCUUGAGUAAUUUAUGUGCCAUUGUAAUUCAAUACCAUGGUUGAGUAAGAAAAACAGUGAUCCAUU